UUCAGUUAGUCGUUGGACCUAGCUCGCCAAAACUGGGCAGAUUUGAUCUAGAAAAUUAACAAUCUCAAUUGAAAUUUAUCACUUGCAAAAUAUUUUAUUUAAUGUUUUCCCAAAUUGCAAUUUAUGAGACCUUCCAAACAACUGUAAUACCGUUGUUAUUAUGAAUCAUUCGAUGGCAUCGACGCCGGAUAUGCACAACAUUUACGAUUUUCAUCAUCAUCACCACCAACAGCAACAGCACCAGCAACAAUCACCCGAUUUGCUCAGAAGUGGAGGUCACGUUGUGACCACUAAAGCUGAUUCUUCAUCCUCGUCGCCGUCACUCUGUUAUAAUAAGACUUCGACUUUCUCYCAAGAUUUCAUGUUGGCCAACGACUCGUGUCAAACGCAUCAGCAACAGGACGGCGACAGUUGCAGUGACGGAGAAGAUUCAAGUCAACCUAGUUGCACUUACCGUUCUGUCCACCACAGUUUCGUGGGGACUUCGAUAAGACAAGGUGCUGACUUGACGUCGUCAGGUGGUUCAAUGGGUCGGCAGAAUAUGGUAGGGGUGGUAGCGGAUGGUUACUAUGGUGCGGGUAGCGGAAACCACGGUAGUGGUAGCGCGGGCCAUCAUCAUCACCACCAUCACCAUGGUCACCACCAUCAUCAUAAUAGCAAUGGAAACGGUCAUAAUCAUCAUCACCACCAUCAUCACAACGCUCCGGCAGGAAUGGUGGCAUCGGCGGCGAUUGUGGAUGCGCAAGGGGCGGGCGGCGUCAGCGGUGGAGGUGGCGGGUACAGGGUGCAGAGGCAAGCAGCCAACAUACGGGAACGUAGACGAAUGUUGAGGUCAGACCUGGCGCCGACUCGGGCAGCGGAUAGGCCCACGCCGGUCAAAAUCAGCAUCAACUCGGCGUUCGACGAGCUCCGCGGUCAUGUGCCCACGUUCCCGUACGAGAAGCGCCUCAGCAAGAUCGACACSCUCCGUCUGGCGAUCGCUUACAUUGCGUUGUUGCGCGAAGUCCUGUCGGCCGACUGUGACCCACUGACCUAUGUCCAGCGGUGUCUAAGCGGAGAGCGGACGCCCGAACGYGCCGAAUGGAAUACCAGUGAUCUAACAGCCAGGCUUUCGUGGAUCAACUGGGAAAACUUGGGCGUGAAUCCCAACAGACGAGGUGUCUUGACGUCUUAUUCGAUUCCUGACAACGUCAACAAUUAAAAUAUGCUGRCRAGUUAGGUCGUUUAAACCCGUCGCCUUUGUACAUACUAGUAAAAUGUGUAUAUUAUUUCCGUUUUAAUAGUCAUUUAUUUGUUCGUUGUUAAUA